CACGCCUGUCGGUGUCCGGCAGAGCUGACGUGAGUUUUUAGCCGAGGUUUUUUUCUUCUUCUUCUUCUUCUUUUUGAACAGAGGUAAGAAGCAGUAGCAGCUCGUGAUAAUCGGAUGAAAUCUCGCCCGCCACCCAUCCCACCGUCGUCAGGGGCCUCUGCCGGCAAACUGCGUCACCGAGCGGGCGCCGCAGGUAUUCGUCUCUAAAUCUGCACGUUGGGAAACGUCCGGGCCAUGGCCCGAAUGACCUGGAAGCCCAAGUGACUGCACUUUUAAAAACAACAAAUACGCCGCCAUGGAGCCGGAGGCUUACUCUGAGCACCGCCGAGAACAGAAUUAUCCACCCGCGCCCGACUCUCGGCAUGAUCUCCCCGCGGACAUGCAGGAGGCCGCGGGUAACGGGAGCCUCCGUCCUGUGGACUCGGAGGUGAGAGGCGGGUGUGACCCCAGUGACCCUUCCUGCAGCUAUCAGAGCAAUGUGCACCAGAGGUUCAUCAGGAGAAGCCUGUGGUUCUCGGAGGCCGACGAGCAGACCUUCGAAACGCCCGAGUGCGAGAGCAGGAACAAAGUCCUGAACAUAAACCUGCGGACCAUAGUGGAUAGGACGCGGGGGACCAGCUGUGGGAUACGGGAAGGCUCCAGCACCGAAAGCCAAGGCGGGCAAAAGGACAGCGCGACGGAGAGCGCCAGUGCCGACGAGGACAAGGAUAAAAGCGGAGAGGCCUCGACCCUCGUCGCGUGCAACGAUGGCGGUAAAGCCGCCGUCAAGGCCGCCAGUGAGGAGAACGAGGAGGAGGCGGAGAUGAAAGCUGUCUCCACAUCCCCGGGGGGAAGGUUCCUCAAGUUUGACAUAGAGCUGGGGAGAGGGUCCUUCAAGACGGUCUACAAGGGCCUGGACACUGAGACCUGGGUCGAAGUUGCCUGGUGUGAGCUGCAGGAUCGCAAGCUGUCAAAGGUGGAGCGUCAGCGCUUCAAGGAGGAGGCAGAGAUGCUGAAGGGUCUUCAGCAUCCCAACAUUGUCCGCUUCUAUGACUUUUGGGAGUUGCCCCUCAAAGGGAAGAAGUGCAUUGUGUUGGUGACGGAGCUCAUGACGUCAGGAACGCUAAAGACCUAUCUGAAGCGCUUCAAGGUAAUGAAGCCAAAGGUGCUGAGGAGCUGGUGCAGACAGAUCCUGAAAGGCCUUCACUUCCUGCACACCAGGACCCCUCCCAUCAUCCACAGGGACCUCAAAUGUGACAACAUCUUCAUCACCGGACCCACCGGCUCGGUCAAAAUAGGGGAUUUGGGACUGGCAACACUCAAGGCGGCCUCCUUUGCUAAGAGCGUCAUAGGCACCCCAGAGUUCAUGGCGCCGGAGAUGUACGAAGAACACUACGACGAGGCCGUGGACGUCUACGCCUUCGGCAUGUGCAUGCUAGAAAUGGCCACCUCGGAAUACCCCUACUCGGAGUGUCAGAACGCCGCUCAGAUCUACCGCAAAGUCACGAGUGGAGUGAAGCCAGCCAGCUACAACAAGGUCAUGGAUCCUGAAAUCAAGGAGAUUAUUGGAGAGUGUAUCUGCCAAAAGAAAGAGGAGCGGUACACCAUCAAGGAACUGUUGAACCACGCUUUCUUCGCGGAGGACACGGGUGUGAGGGUGGAGCUGGCCGAGGAGGAUGAUGGGAAAAAGGACUCGAUGGCCCUGAAACUUUGGGUGGAGGACCACAAGAAGUUAAAAGGGAAGUACAAGGAGAGCGGAGCCAUCGAGUUCACCUUUGACCUGGAAAAGGAGGUCCCCGAGGUUGUGGCACAGGAAAUGGUGGAGUCUGGCUUCUUCCACGAGAGUGAUGCGAAGACCGUGGGAAAGUCGAUCAGGGACCGCGUGGCACUGAUCAAAUGGAGGCGGGAGAGAACCGUGUCCGCCGCGGUUCCAGUGGAUCACGGUGAAGCGGGCCACAGGGUCCAGAUGACGCCAUCUCAGGGCAUCGCCGCCGGGGCUGCACACGCGGGACAGCCCUUGCUGGAACCGGAGGAGCCAGAGGCAGACCAGCACAACAGGCUGCGUAACCUGCCAGCCAGUGGCACCUCGGUGACGUCAGACGGCACCAUCGAUAGUGGCGUGGGCUCCACUGUGUACUCAGACUCCCACAGCAGCCAGCAGAGUGUCCUCUACCAGUCCCUGCUGGAGCCUAUUACUAUGGCAACACAGCAGUGCCAGAGCAUGAGCCCCUUUCUACCAGAUCGACCUCACUCCUGUGAAAAGGGCGAAGUGUGGGGGGCGACACUGAGCCCGGAGCUCAGGACCCGUUUGGGAGCUGCGACCCGGAGAGGAAGCGCCCCAGUUAUUGACACUCGCAGCGCGAACCACAUUGCUCAACUCCACGCGCUCAUUCAGUCGCGGAGAUCCAUCAGUCCCACCCCGACGGCACCGGAGAACCUUCUGGAACCCUCCGAGUGCCGCCGCUUUGGUGACGCCGCCGUCGGACCGCCACCCGACGCCACCGGCGAGAUCUCGCUUGUGCCGAGUGGACGGAGACACUCUGACCUCAGCAGUCUUCUGAGUCUAGCCGCGCAUCACAGUCACCAUUUUGGGACGUACAGUGGCCACGUGUGCCAGGCUUGCCUCUCUCUGCUUCUUCUGAGGGCACGGGAAGGGUGCCACCGCCGUCCUUUCGUCGCCAUGCCAACGCACCACUCUCCUUGGGACUUGAGGCAAAACCCUUCCUCUGUCGGAGCGAUGGCCACGCCCCCCGGUUACGGACGGCUGAAAGGUCUGAGUGAUUGUUCCGAUUUCUCACUGCUGCAGCAGUCCCUGUUCAAUAUAAUCGGCCGCAAAGCCGCCCCUGGUCUCGCCACGCCCACCCAGGCCUCCCCGCCGCGGUCCUCCGCUGCCCACAGGCCCGCACGCAACGAUGGAGACGCCAGCCUGAAGAGUCCUCUGCUGUGUGGCGGUUUGGUCGAGGACCAAGAACCCGUCCGGGACUGCGAGGACAGACUCUGUGCCAGAGAGCAGCGAGUUACCAGAGCUGUGGGAGUGGCCGGUUCAGCAGGUCACCACGCUCAGCCAUCUGCACACGUCCUGCCGUCUUCCAGCACAUCGGUGCACGCGCCGCUGCAGUACCUCCAGCCUGGACAGAGUUACCCUCCUGCUCCAUAUUUUGGCCAACACGGUGCCGCAGCACCAACUCCAGCUAGUCCGUGCUCGGUCAACAUCCAGCAUACAGCCAGUGCUGCUAGCUACACCCCCACAAGUGUGCAGCAAGUUGCAGCAACUAUUUCAGCAUCAGCAGUGCAGCAACAUGUUGCACAGAGCUACCAAGCACCGGGCCACCAGCAGCAGGCAGCAGCGGCAAGCUCCUUGACUUUUCCUUUGAAUGUGCAACAAACGUGUCAGAGCUGCGUGGCCCCAACUCAACAGCAGGCUCACCCUGCAUCAGGAUAUCCCACUCCAGGUCCGCAACAGACUGCAGCGUCCGCCCUGACGGCGCAGCAGCCAGCACAAGGCUACCCUCUUGCAUCCGCAGCCCCGACUAUUGCAGCCGUGGCCCAGUGUCACCCGACACAUGCGCCCGGGGCACUGCAACACGUCCACGCCGCAGUCAACCUGCCAAGUCAGCCGCCUGGUCCGAGCUCCUCCACACCAGCACUUUACAGCCAACAGAUAGCCAUUCAACAAGAGCACCAACUGAAUACUCAGACCAACAUACAACUGACGCCACAUGCUGGGCCGGCUUACGUUCAGCCUCAACUCCAGCACAACCAGGAAGCUCUGCACACCAUGCACCAACAAAUGGCACAACAGCCUACCGCCCGUCUGUCUCAAAGUCAGCAGGAGUUGCACGCCCUAACGCUACAGAAGCACAGUCAGACGGCCAUGCAGACCGCGGUUCCCCAACAGAGCCAGGAUGUAUCCCAGUCUACAGGCCAACAGCUUCAGACCCCGGCUUCUCAACUUCAUCGGACGGCGCCCCCGCCGGUGCAGGUUGAAGCCACGCACCAGAGUUACCCUGCGGUCGGUCUACCCGAUGCGGCCUCGCAGAGCUACGCACAUCCUGCCCUCGGUCCGCCUCAGAGCCAGUACCUGUCUUCUUCUGCUCCACAGACCUACGGAGCGCAACAGUUUCAACCCUAUCUUUGCAUGGCUGCUGUCCUGAACCAGAAUAUUCCUGCUGGUCAUAGCAUUUCACAGCUUGGACAAGAUGGACAGGGCCACGGGCAGAGUGUCAGCCAGUCGGCUUCAAGUGUGCCCGCCCAGGUACCGCCUGCCCAACUGGGAUCUGGCCUCCGACAGCUCCAACCUCUGCAGAUUUCAAACCCGCUACCCCCAACACAUCCAUCCCAGGCGCAGCUCAGCCAUCCCGAGCUCGUCCCAUCUGCUCAGCUCAGCCAGCCCGUCGUCUUCUCCUCACCUUUGCAGAACGGGUCCGACGUGGGCCCGGUCACCGCCGCUGCCCAGCUGGACAACAAGAACCCGUGCCAGCUGGCCCCGCAGGCCCAGAGUCAGGUCCAGAGCCAGAUUCCUGCACUGCAGCCCUCUGACUCUCAGAAAGCAUUAUCUGGGUCUGCCAGUUUCAAUCUGACUCAGCAGAAACAGCUCGGUAGUCUCACCGGAGCUGCAGGUCAGGGUCCAACAGAGACUAACGCGGAGGAUCAAGCAGCAGAGAAACACACUGGAGGACAGAGCUACGACAGGUACCAGCUUUAUUCCCAUCAGUCAGGGAUCCUCACAGUUCAAAGCGUCAACUCCGACGCCACCUCGGGGAAGGAGAUGAGCGACGGCUGCGAGGGGACCCACGGGGGCAAAGUCCGCAAGCACCACCGCAGGUCCACGCGCACCCGAUCUCGGCAAGAGAAGAUCAGCAGGCCGAAGCUCAACAUGCUCAACGUGUGCAACACUGGCGACAAGAUGGUGGAGUGUCAGUUGGAAACGCACAACCACAAGAUGGUCACUUUCAAGUUUGACCUGGAUGGCGACGCACCGGAAGAGAUUGCGACAUACAUGGUGGAGAAUGACUUCAUCCUGCCUGUGGAAAGAGAAGUGUUCAUCGAGCAGCUCAAGGACAUAGUGGACAAGGCCGAGGACAUGCUGAGCGAGGACACCGAGGGCGAGAAGACCUCCGACCAAGGAGGCAGUCCCAAACAGAGCGAGAGCGCUCCGGGAACGGAGGGAUUGAAGGCUUCUGCACCCAGCACACCGCAGCCGGUGUACCAGCAAAAUGUCCUCCACACUGGCAAGCGCUGGUUCAUCAUCUGCCCCGUGGCUGAGACGCCGAUAUUGGACAAAGAGAAGACGCCAUCUCACGCCUCUACAGCACAGGAAUCUGAAAAGGCUGCGUCCUCAUCAGUCAGGCCCAACGGCAUUGCUACGGCAACCCCAGUCGCAUCCGUAUCCUCCCGAAGCCCGGCAUCAUCCUCCUCCUCCUCCUUGUUGCCCCCUGCAGCGCAGGCCUCAGUUCAACCUCAAGACCCGAACAUCGACGUGACCCGGAUCCAGCAGCCUCAGCCCUGUGUGAACAAACACCCCCUUGCCGCUGGCGGCGCCGGCCGUCACAACUUCCUUCCCGUGGAAGAGCCUUGCAUCACCGCCGUCUCCAUGGUGACGGACAUUCCGUGCUGCGCUAUUGUGCCGCCCGGCUCUCUGGAUGUGAACGCUUUUGAUAAAGGAGCGGCCGGCGGUUCGACCUCUUCCCAAACGAAUCAGCCCAAUCAGAAGGCCAGUAGUCCCUCUGGAGAACUAGCCCCUCAGCUGGCCUGCCAUCAGUCUGUGGUGCUGCAGCAGCCCUACGCCACGCCCAUGCAGCCCGGCACGGUCACCUCUCAGCCCCAGAGUCCGGCGCACCAGACCCCGCAGAACUCCCAGUCGUCGAGCCACCAGCAGCCGGCGAGCGGGGGGCCGGGCGAGUCGGACAGCGAGGGUCCGCGCAGGGUGGAGUUCGCAGACCGCACCAUCAAGACUCUGGACGAGAAGCUGAGGAACCUGUUGUACCAGGAGCACGCUCCCUCACAGCCCGCCAGCGCUGCGUCCGACACCCAGGUCUCCGGUACAGAGGGAGUCGGCUCGCCUCCGGUCUCAGACGGCCAGAGCUCCGAGGGGGCGCAUACGAAGAAGAAAGGGGAGCUGCUGCCUCAGAUUCCUGAGCGCACAGAUAGCGUGGGUGCGCUAAGUGACUCGGCAGUGGCAGCCACUAACCGGGUUUCCAACAGAAGAGACGGGACCGCCGGCUCCGGUUCAUCUGGCUCCAAAAGCCGUUUUCAAAUCAUCCCCACUCCGCCGGAUGUCAUCUGCCGUUUAGAGAAAUGCAAGAAGAGUGGCAGCACCUGCAGUUCUCUGGCACCCUCUAGUGGUUCUGCAGGGUCGUACAGCCAGUCCCAGUCCCAGUCCAAGGACGGGAAAGACGAGGACUGCGCGUCCGUGGUCAAAUCCCCUGCGACGGCUGCAGGAACGUCCAAACCGACCGGUAGUAACCGCUACUCUGCCCCACCGAACCUAUACCGGGCCACCCCGACGACCAGCCCCGACGUCACGCCGCGCCACAUCCCCCGGGCCCAGACGAUGGACACCCCGACCCAUCACGACUACCACCAGUCCUCUCACCUCUACUCUGACUCGGCGGACGAGGACAGCAGCAGCGUCGCCCUCCCUCCGGCCCGGCCGCCUCCGCCGGCUCACGCCCCGGCGUCCGAGCACAGCGGGAGCGACCUCAUGAAGAGGGCCGUGGCCUUCCUGCGCCGCUCGGGUCGGAGCAAGAGCGAGCAGAGCUCCGACUCGCCGAGCCGACAGCCCGUGGCGAUGAACGGUCACGCUGCCGCGCCGCCGUCCGCCGGCCACGCCCAGUCGUCGUACAUCAGCAGCGACAACGACUCGGAGUUUGAGGACGCGGAUAUGAGGAAAGAACUGCAGAAGCUGAGAGAAAAACACAUGAAGGAGAUCUCUGAGCUGCAGGCGUUCCAGAGGAACGAGAUCGAGCACCUGUACACCGGGCUGGGCAAAACGCUGCCCCCCAACGUCGGCCUGCUUCACGCCGCGCCCCCUAGUGGCCGCAGGCGCCGGGCCAGCAAGCACAAGCUGAAGGCGGGGAAACUGCUCAAUCCGAUGGUGCAGCAGCUCAAAAACAAUCUCAACACCUCCGCAGAGAGGAAAGGUGAGAGUGCCGCCAGCUCGUCCAGCUCCCCGGCUAAAAGUUCAGUUCUGUCGGACGGCUCUUCUCACUCCAGCGGCAGCUCCAGCGGCAGCAACCAGCCCGGCGCCGCCCCGGAGCAGGUCCACACCCAGCAGCCAUGUUCCCUGAAGGGCUCCUUCUCCUCGGACAACAUCUACGGCGGGCUACACGGGGACGCCACGGCCAACCAAGCCGGCCCCGGCCAAGGGUCUGCUUGCAACCCCGCCGCCUCCAAUCAGACGCAGCCGUCACUCACCGCGGCCACGCCCUCGCCGUCUCCCCAGCCAAUCACGCGGCUCGCUCAGGUCCAGACCAACAACAGCAACAACAAGAGGGGCACGUUCACCGACGACCUCCACAAACUGGUGGACGACUGGACGAAGGAGACCGUGCCGGCGGCGGCCAAUCAGCCGCGCCCCUCCCUCAACCAGAUCAAACAGCAGCGACGCCAGCAGGACCUGGAGGCCGGGGCGCCGCCCGCGGCAACAGCAGCCACACGUGAGAUGAAAUGCCACCUCGGCCCCUGCAAGUUCCAGCUGCCCAUUUCCUGCCCGCUGACCGCCGCUUUAGGCCCCGGCGGGCCGCCCGCGAGCCCGGCGCCCAACUCCGCCGCCACGCUGCCCGCCGGGUACCAUUUGCCAGCGGGCUCCUGUGGAGGGAUGGCUCCUGGUCCUCUUUACCCGCAGCAGUGGCCGGGUAUGCCGAGUCCUGUAGGGCCCAAGGGUCCCGCAAGAAUGACGCCCUAUGCCACGAUGGCGAACCCGGGGCUCCGAGCCCACCCCGACAGCGGGCCCCGUCCGAAAACCACUAGGACUACCUGAUCCGCUCACUGACAAUUUUUGUCGCCGUGUUUGGGCGCCAUCGUCCAACUUCACCCCGCUGUGGUUCACCGGAGCCACAAGUGUACAUAAUCUGAUUUUGUGAAUUACAUGACGCAAGUGUUGAUAUUCUUUAUACAACACUAUCAGUAGUUUAUGUGUGUGUGUGUGGGCGCGUGUGUGUGUACUAUACAGUGCGUGUUAAGUAUGUAUGUGUGAAUACCUAAUGCUUUUUUGGCUUUGGUUUUGACUAAACUCAGCCAUACGAGACAAUUUGUCUGCAGCCUCGAAAAAAACAACAACAAAAAACAAACAUUUUUCACUUUAUUCUUUAUUACUGCAGUUGAUUUUAUUUAUUUUUUUUGCCAUUCUCACUUUAAACACUACAUUGGAAUCCAGAUUCCAGUGGAGUGGGAUACAGUUACAAGACAGUAUUUACCAUAAAGAUAUAUUAAGGAAUGUAGUGCCUUGAACAUUGAUUUCUAGAUUAUCUUGUUCUUCUUCUGUGAAACAAAGCAUGUGUGCAUCCAAGUUAUUUUAUUUAACGGUAGCUUGAGUGCAGUUUCUUUUUUUUUUAUGCAUUACAGACACUUUUUUGUUUUUUUUGGUUUACAUAUGAAUGCCCUUGUAGAACUGCACUAUUAACACUAUGCUCUUAUUUAAAAUAAUAAAAUCAUGUUUUAACCCUUGUUUACUUUCCACCCCUGUGACAGAUGGAAUGCCAUAGUGGUGAGAUGAACCGUUGCCUUGCAGAAACAAAAUGGUUAAUGUACGACUGAUGAGAGAAAGGAAAAAUAAAUUAAAAAAAGUUUAACGCCAGCAGCCAAGACCCACUCUUUCAGGUUCAAACGGUUCGGUCGGACGCGGACUCUUGAUAAGACAACUUGCCUCGUGCUCGGAGGAAAGGCGAGAGUCCAGAGCCAUGUAUACUGUACAUCGUUCCUUCUACAGUAUAUGCCUCUGGUAGCGCUCUGAUCAGAAUGUAGCAAUUAUUAUGUGAAGGCUUCGAGGCUCAAAAAAGUGCAAUUUUUUUUUAACCCCUCCGCAAAAGCUUUGAUCGUGGCCUUUGCCACAAGCCUUAUCUCUUGACGUGUG